AAUCAUCACAUUUUCCCAGGCAUGCAUCCGCUCGUGCGAGAUGUAUACAAGCGAGUCCUUGCGGUCGGGCGGGACUACCCUCUGGGCUUAGACUACGUCCGUGAGAAAGCCAAAGCGACCUUCUUCAAGCAAGCCCACCUGACAGCCGAGGAAGAUAUCAAACGUGCCGUACAUGUUGGCCGGUGGAAGGUCAAGGAAAUGGUAGGGGUGAUCCAGCUCAAGAAGUACCGUGCCAUGAAUCAGCGGUACACACCAGCCGACAUGCAUGUAUUACUGCGCACGUUGCAUGAGGAGGCUGACGCGUCACUCUCUCGGACCGAGCACUCCCCCGACGGGAGUAGUUCCUUGUGAACCCUGUUCCAGUCCACGCCGUCGUCGAGACCUCGUCGAUUUCCAACGCAUCUGCCAUUCUGUUUGACUCCACCGUACAAUUCCUUGUACCGCAGGGAUAUCUCUCGGGGCGAUCGAAGACUAUCUCUAUUUCGUGCAUAAAUACUGUUCGUGCAUCUUCUCAUGCCAUGGGCAGGACGGUGCAUUGGAUGUUCGCGGGCUGGCCGGCGUGAUCUCGCACGAGAGCCACUGACAC